CACCACAAGGAGAGAGAUUUUUUGUGCUGCACAGCAGAGACAUUGACUGAAAAAAGAGAAAACAUUGGGGAGAGAGGAGAGGGAGGGAACUGGUGAGGAAGAGGAAGGAAGAGCUGGCCUAUAUAAAGAAAGAGAGUGGAGCAAGAGCUGAGAGGUGUGGUUUGUGAGGGCAUUUGGGGGGACCAACAGAGCCUGAACUGUGCAGUGACGGGAACCUGUGUGUGUGUGUGUGUGUGUGUGUCCAUGAGGUGACAAUAUAGUGUUUGUUAAUUAUCUGCCUGUGUGAGAGUGUGUGUUUGAGAGAUCAUGUCAGGUCCUGGGAACAGCUCGUCGGUGCGACGCGGCCUCACCUUCGCCACAGGUCUGGUGGAGUGUCUGUGUUUCGCCGGAGCUGUGUUUGGAUGGGCUUCACUUGUUUUUGUCCUGAAGACAGAGGGCUACUUCAACUCUCUGUGCAUCAACUCCACAGAAGCCAAUGGAACGCAGGUCUUAGAUUGUGGUGGACAGGAUGAACAGUUCUCUCUUGUUUUCACCAUCGCCUCCUUUAUGAACAAUUUCCUGACGCUGCCCAGUGGUUUCCUCUUUGACCGGUUUGGAACAACAGUAGCUCGUCUUUUUGGAAUAUUUCUUUACACCAUGGGUUGUUUGCUGGUGGCCUUCUCAAGUGCAGCUUUAUCCAACCUGCUUUUCCCAGCUCUCUCCCUCCUGGCAGUGGGUGGCAUCAUGUUUCUAAUGACCAACAUGCAGGUGGGAAACCUGUUCGGCUCACGUCGCUCCACCAUCAUCACUCUCUACAACGGAGCCUUCGACUCUUCAUCUGCACUUUUCCUUGUCAUCAAGCUGUUAUAUGAGGCUGGUGUCGCCAUUCGCUCCUCCUUCCUUUUCUUGUCCAUCUGCAGCUUCAUUCACCUGCUCAGGACUUUCUUCCUGCUGCCCAGACGCCACAUUCCCUAUCCGCUGCCUGAUGACUACACAUACGGGAUAACCUGUGGUAAAUCGAAGACCCUGACCUUAGAGCAGACACCAUCCAACGGUAAUGCACUGAAGGCGACAGAAGAAACGCCCCUAAACAAGGACGAGAAACAAGAGAAGAGUUUCCGUGAGUGUUUGAUGUCAAGGUUCUUUGUGUGGCACCUGCUUUGGUUGUCGGUGAUGCAGCUCAGACAUUACCUUUUCAUCGGCACCCUCAACCCCAUGCUGCAGCGGCUGACGGAGGGAGAGCCCUCACUGGUGAGUCAGUACACCAAUGCCUUUGCUAUAACGCAGCUGUGUGGCGUGCUGUGUGCUCCCUGGAACGGCCUCAUCAUGGACAGACACAAGGGCAAACCUCGUGCUGAAGGAGAGAGUGAACAGGAAGCAGACCUACGGGCCUCGAUUCUUUCUCUGGCCUUGACGGCGCUGCAGUGUGUUUUGUUCUCAGUUUGUGCCUCCACUCCGUUCCUGCCGCUUCAGUAUCUCACCUUCAUCCUGCAAGUUAUCAACCGCUCCUUCCUCUACGGCGGCAACGCAGCCUUCAUUAGUUUGGCUUUCCCGUCGUGCCACUUUGGGAAGCUGUAUGGUCUGGUCAUGGCUCUGUCCGCAGUGUUCUCUCUGCUGCAGUAUCCCUGCUUCGCCCUGGUGAAAGGACCUCUGGAAGGAGACCCUUUAUAUGUGAACGUUGGUCUGACGCUGCUCAGUCUGCUCGCCUUCAUUCAUCCCCUCUCUGUCUACCUGCACUGUCGAAAACUCACCUCACAGCGAGCAAUCAACGCCUCCUCCUAAAGUCUGUAGAGUGAGACUCACACUUAAAAUGUCCUUAAUAUUACCUACUGACACUAUUACCUCUUCAGCUUAUUUUGAUAAAUAGUGCUUGUGUGGCUGUGUUGUGUUGUCAUAUGUAUCAUCAAGUGCUUGUGAAUGCAUUUCAGAUUGCGGUGAAGUGUGGUUUCGGGCACAAUCACAGCACUUUCGCUACUCUCAAAUUGGGUCUCGUUCAGAGGCGAACUGAAUGUAACAAUAAUUAAGACCUUCUGGUGUGCAGCCUGCUGCAGUUGCAUGACACUUUACUUCUUGUGAGAUACAUAAUUUUCUUUACACUCUUCUACAAUUUAAGUGUCACCUGAUGGUGCUGAUGUGCUUUUUGAAAACCCACCAUUAAUAACUGUUAGCUUUGUCUGUUUUCGAGGUUAAAAUGUCUUCUGCUGGCUGCUUUUGAUGAUUGAGACAUGUUUUAUGUUUCUUAUUUCAUGCAAACUUGUGAAGGAACAAGUAUUCUUGCCAUUUUUUAAGUAUUCUAUAUAAUACUAGCCGUCUGUCCCACCAUGUUUACGGUGGUUUCAGAGUAAGGUUAACAAACUUUAUUGUUAACACUGAAAACAUGGCAGAUGAUGUUUUAUAUCAGUAUUAACUCUUCAAGUUAUCUCUUUCUAUGUAUUUUUUACUUUAAAAAUUGAGUAUGGGAUCAAGAAUAUGUGGAAGGAAAAACUUAAGUGUAGUAACAGUAGAAGGGACAUUUGGGAGUCAUAAUCACAAAUAUCAGUUUGUGUUAUUUUAAUGUGCACAUAGCAAAGAGAUAAAUCAGGCAGCCCCUCUGUCAGGACAAAGGUCCUGUUUGCUGACCAUCAUGGCCCUGAUGUCUCUGCACUGACAGCUGUAGCAUGCCAGUUCCUUCAGAUACACCAAACAGAGCAGGCAACACGGCUCUGCCACCUGCUGGCCUCUGAGUUUAGCUGCUAGCCACUGAUGUCACUGUUGUGUCCAAGAUUAACCAAUAUUAAAAUAAUCUCCUUUAUGUUUUUGUGAAGUCUCAGGUGUUCAGUGCGAGUUUGGUGUCAUAAAGGGUUCUGUUUUUAAUGAAGAAAAGGAAAUAUCUCUAUACUUUUUCUUACCAGUAAGUUUAUGUUGUAGGUUGACUGUAUUUUUUUAAGUGCCAAACCUGAAGUUGUAAUAAUGUUGUUGAAAUGUAACUGUAAAUUAGCAUAUUUUUAUUGCUGCAAUCAAAUGUAUACUUGAUAUGAAUUUUAGUAAUGUAUUAAAGGUAAUUCUUUUUUUUAUCUUUAUUUUUGCCAAAAUAAAGAUUUUACUUUUCAACUACUGUGAGUAAAAUUAUGCACUUGCAGUCAGCUGUCUAGUUCAGACAGUAGAGGGAAUUUUUUUAAAUUUUUUUUUAAAAAAACCAUGAAUGAAACAAAUUGAGCUGUUUGAUGUGUACCUUGGCAUACAAAUAUCCCAAUGUAUUAAAACAAAUAAUAAACUUUAAAGGUUAAACCCUUAA